AUGCCCAAUAUAGAAACAGCAUCUAACUUUUUAGACACGCUCAACAAAGCACAUUCCUCCGUAAAAUUCACGAUGGAAACCGAACGCAAUGGAAUGCUCCCAUUUCUGGGUAUCCAGUUGCUAAAUCGAUCGCCACAAAUAGAAACAAAGGUGUAUGUAAAAUCCACCAAUUCAGGUCUACUCUUACACUAUCAGAGUCAUGUCGACAAUCGUUACAAAAAGUGUUUACUAAGAACUAUGCUUGAUCGAGCACGUCGUUUAUCUUCAUCUUGGACACAUUUUUCCGACGAAUGUGACCGUUUGAAAUCAGUAUUCUCAUGGUUGAAGUAUCCCAAACAUCUUGUUAAUUCUACCAUCAAAAGCUUCGUUCACUCCAAAAUUUGCGACCAACAGCAGCCUUUAUCACCAUCUCAAGAGACAGACGACACGAUUCGAGUGGUUUUACGAUUUAAAGAUCAAAUCUCAGCAGAUAUUGUGAGGAAACAACUCAAGGACCUAAGCCUAAAAGUACACACCACCAUCCAGCCUGUGUUUGUGAGCCAAAAAAUUGAACAAGAAUUGAGUGUGAGGGAACCAAAGCCGCCGAUUGUAAAUCAGCAGUGUGUUGUUUACAGUUUUCAAUGUGACCUGUGUGAUGCGGGUUAUGUAGGUUACACACGCGGGCAUUUACAUGAUCGCGUAAAAGGACAUGAAAAACAAUUCUCCGCCAUUGCCAAACACUACAAGAACAUGUACGGGACAAUGUCCCAGGACCUGCUAAAGCAUUUCGAAGUGCUCAAGAAAUGCAGAAUCAAAUUUGACUGCUUAGAAUACGAAAUGCUUUUUAUAAGAGCGUUAAAGCCAAAUCUUAACGUGCAAUCAGACUCCAUUCGUGCGAAACUUCAUGACGAUCGAUAUCCACUUACUAAGGCUCCUCACUAA